AUGCGCACCUGCCAAAUGGUGUCAUCAUUGAGCACCUUCUAUGCAUCAGGUGUCGUUAUCCCUGAGAAUGAACCGGGCAUCGAGGUGACCUACUAA